AUGGAAGAAGGACAAGAACGACGGAUUCAAUUAAAUUCUGGACGAGCUCAGUUGGAUGAGUAUUUCAUUGGGAAUGAGGUGGUUACAGCGAAGUACACCUGGUACAGUUUUCUGCCAAAGAACUUGUGGGAGCAGCUUCAUAAAUUUGGAAAUGUGUAUUUCUUGUUUAUCUCGGUGGUCAUGUACUUGGGUGAGACCACUGAUCUCUAUGUGGGCACCAUCCGAGCCUUCUCCACGCUCGGUUUGCUAGUGAUGAUGAUGGCCGUCACGGCCGCCGUGGCUUUGUAUGACGACAUUCAGAGAGGCCGCGCGGACAAGGAGAUCAACAUGUCGAUCGCCACAGUCCUCGUGGAGGGCCGCGAGGUUGAAAAGAAAUUCAAGGACCUGCAGGUGGGUGACAUCCUCAUAGUGAAGAAGGACCAAGACUUUCCGGCUGACACCAUCCCCUUGCAUUGCUCCGGGGAAGGUGGCAACUGUUACGUCUCCACCGCCAACUUAGAUGGGGAGACCAAUCUGAAGCUGAAGACAGCCCCGUCGAUCACACAGAAAGCCCUCAUGAAUUCUUCAGGCUCCCCUGCAGGCAGCUUGAGCAUGCUGAAGCGGAUCGAGAUCGUGGCCGAGGCACCCAAUGGCAAUAUCCAUGACUUCAAUGGUAACAUCACCGUGGAGAACCAAAAGGCCUCUUUGGGCCAGAAGCAACUGCUCAUGCGUGGGACCGUGUUGAGGAAUACCGACAAAUGCACAUGUGUGAUUGUUUACACAGGAAAUGACACCAGGAUGGUGAAGAACUCCCGGCCUGCGCCAAUGAAACAAUCCAACUUGGAGAUCACCACCAACAAGGCCAUGUUCAUCGUCCUGUUUGCUCAGACAUUGAUUUCUUUGACCUGUGGAUUUCUCCACAUUCAAUUCAAGCCAAAGCAUCAUUGGUAUUUGGAGGAGGAGCGCAUCAUCCUGCCUGAAUGGCUUGCUUGGUGGUUGACCUUCUUCACGUUGUUUUCGAAUUUGAUGCCGAUCUCCUUGUACCCUACUGUGGAGUUCUGUAAUGCCUUCCAGUGCCGAGCGAUCCGGCUCGACGAGAAGAUGCAUUACAAAUUCCCCGACAGCAACGAGCUGUUUGAAGCUCGCACGAGAAGUACGAACCUCUCGCAGGAGCUGGGUCAGGUUGGCUAUGUUUUCUCAGACAAGACAGGCACUUUGACGCAGAAUGAUAUGAUUCUGAGGCGCUUGUCCAUCGGCGGCAAGAAAUAUGGGACCUUCUCCUCCGGGCCGAGUUUCGCCAAGGACAAGAAGAUGGAGGCUGGAUUCAAUGGAGGGAAAUUCUUGGAGGCAGACCGCAGCAGCAACAGAAGCAUCGAUCGGUUCCUGGAAAUCUUGGCGGUGUCCCACACGGUCAUGGCCACCAAGAAGGACGGAGAACUGAUCUAUGAAGCCGAGAGCCCUGAUGAAUAUGCCUUGGUGAAAGCUGCUGCUGUGGCCGGUUUCGAAUUCAAGUCACGAAGCGGAAGUGAUGCCACCGUGAGCAUCCGGCCACACUCACAGGACAAGUCUCAGGAUGUCACCUAUAGCUUGCUGGCCACCAACGAGUUCAACUCAGCGCGAAAGCGCAUGUCGGUGCUGGUGAAGAAAGGUGCUGAGUACCUCUUGCUGGUGAAAGGAGCUGACAAUGUGAUGCUCGAGCGGGCGGCGCAGCGCAAUCAAGCAGUGCUGGAAGCGCACCUCCAAGAGUUUGCCGAAGAAGGCUUGCGCACGUUGGUGAUCGGAUGCCGAACGAUUCCAAUGACAGAGGCCACGAGCUGGUUAAACCAAUUCCAAGAGGCACAGCGGGCCACAGCUGAUCGUGAAGAGAAACUGGGGCAAGUAGCUGAGCAAAUCGAGAAGUCACUGGAAAUUGUGGGAGCCACUGCGAUCGAAGACAAGCUCCAGGACGGGGUGCCCGACACAAUCCAGCUGAUUCGCGAUGCCGGGAUCAAGCUUUGGGUGCUCACGGGUGACAAGUUGGAGACCGCCCGCAACAUCGGCUUCAGCACAAGGGUGCUGUCAACUUCAAUGGACAUCCGAAUCCUCGACGACGAGCUUGGCGAGGACAUUGAUGCUAUCGAAAAUGCAUGGGAAUGCUACAGCGAUGUCUCUGACCAGGAGGAAGAAGUGGUUCGCAGUCGAGCCUUGAUGGUCACAGGAAAGAUGGUAAGCCUGAUUUGGGAGAGCGAUGGGGCUGAUGAUUCUUUGAAGAAGAAAUUUCAGCGGAUCUCCACAAGUUGUGCUGUCCUUAUUGCUUGCCGGGUCAGUCCCUUGCAAAAGGCAGAGCUCGUGUCCUUUAUUCGUGAGAAUGUGACACCGACGCCUGUGACACUGGCCGUGGGCGAUGGAGCUAAUGAUGUGCCGAUGAUCCAAACGGCGCAAGUGGGUGUUGGCAUCGCAGGGCGCGAAGGCCGACAAGCCGUGAACAAUUCUGAUUUUGCCAUUGGGCAGUUCCGCUUCCUGGAGAGAUUGCUUCUCCUGCACGGGCGGUGGAACUAUCGGAGAGCCUGCAUGUUCACCCUUUUUACGUUUUGGCGGAACAUGGUGCAAGUCUUAAUGAUUGUGUUCUACACCUUUAUCUCUGGAUAUUCUGGCACCAGUCUAUUUGAGGAUUGGAUUCGUCUCACCUUCAAUGGCGUUUGUACCAUGCCCAUUCUUCCCCCUGGAUGUAUGGAUCAGGAUUUCAGGGAACAAAUUAUCCUGAAGAAUCCGAAGCAAUACCAAGUGGGGCCGAAUUCGGAAGACUUGAACUCAAAGAAGGUUGCAAUGACGAUUUCUGUGGCUGUCCUACAUGCAUUUGUGAUUGUGGUCAUUACUUUGCUGGCUUUUCCAGGAUUGGAGAUCGUUGGAUCAGGUGAUUAUUACACUUUUGGCACGAUCUGCUACACUUGCUUGAUUCUAGACGUCAACUACCGUGCCAUCUUCCUCUCGAACAAUAACAGCCGCAGCUUGACAAUCUGGGUGGCUCUUGCGGCUUUUUUACUAUACAGCGUUUAUUUGCUGGUCUACACCAACUGGCCCUGGCUUUGCAACAAGCUGACGCCGAACAUGUUCAAAGUCCCAGACCACAUGUCUGCCAGCGCCUAUUUCUGGAUUUGCAUCUUUAUCGUCCCGUUUACAGCCUUCGUCUACGACACGUUCUUCCACUGGGUGUACCACACAGUCAUUGACCCCGAUCGUGCAGACCGGCUCCGGAUCAAGUUGGAGAACGAUGAGCACAGUAGAAGUCUUCUGGAUUGCCGCUUGACCUCUGAAUCAUCUGAUGAAGAAAUGGGGUCGGCGUCAGAGGGCGAGGGCUUGAUGGCACGGUGUGGCGCCAGUGAGUUUGAGAGCCUGGAGAUGAUGAACUGGAUGAACUGUGACAAGGUGGCCUAUGACACCCGAGUCUUCAGCCUCGCUAUCGCAGGGGGCGUUGUCAUGGAGCUACUAGCCCUGCUUUGUUGGAGCCAAUCCAGCAGCAAGAACCAGGUUCGCAUCAUCUAUGACGAGCGAUGGAUCAAUGGAGAGCAAGGAAGCAGCUGGCUUGAGGACCUCUUCUUGGCCUACCCAAUCGGUACCAAUCUGAACGAAGUGGUCAACGCGACCAAGAAAAAGGACUAUAUCAAUGUCACCCGCGAUGGCCGGCCGAACGAGCGGAAGAUCACGUUAGCGGUGGCUCCAACGCAUGACAUCAAAAAUCCCUUGCUCUUCUACUCCACAGGUCCAUUCUACCAGAACUACAACUACUACAUGAAGUCUGAAGUCUACCAAGAGCUCUAUGGCUUAGAGGCUCCUCCUGGAAAGCGAGAUGCUCGAUGUCCAAAACGGGUGCGUGAACAGGAUGGCAAGCCACUGGUUCCAUGUGGCCUCAAGGCUCAGAGCCUUUUCAACGACACCUUCAAAGUAGAGGGCUUCGAGAUCGAUAAAACGGAUGUGGCCUGGCCCAGCGAUGUGGAUCGCUAUAGAAACACCAAGGACUAUCCGGAUGCCAACAAACGCUGGCUGUACGAGGUGUUUCCAGAUACUGUGAAGAAGGCGGAAAAUGUGAAAGAUGAGGAUUUUGUGAACUGGAUGCGUCCAUCUGCUGUGCCUAGGGUAGACAGGAAAGGCUUUGUGGGAUGGAUUUCCGGCUGCAAGGAUGAACGAGAAGCCCUAGCUCUUUUUGGGGGGAAUCCACCCUUCUUUCUGGCUUUGCUCUUGGCUCUGCCUCCGUUGCAGAACUACACCAUUGAAAUCGAGUCCAGAUUCAACGUUGACUCUUUGCCAGGAGGACAGAAGUCAGAAAAUCACGAAAGCUCCACCAACUGGACGUAG